CUUUAAAAACGACACGAUCGCGACGCCGAACGGAUACUCUGAUCGUCGCGGUUGUCCAGUGCAGAACUCGUGAAUUGCAGUGCGCCAAAAUCAAGGAAGUUUUUUUUGUGAACUCCCCAGCCGGUUCUUUAUCCUACUGAGUUUGAGAAAAAGCGCGAAACAUGGGUAAAACACCAGCCGUCGGAAUCGAUCUGGGAACGACCUACAGCUGUGUGGGGGUUUGGCAACAUGGCAAGGUGGAGAUUAUAGCGAAUGACCAAGGCAACCGAACUACUCCAUCGUACGUUGCCUUCAACGACACGGAACGGCUGAUUGGCGAUGCUGCCAAGAAUCAGGUGGCAAUGAACGCCAAGAACACCGUUUUCGACGCCAAGCGCCUGAUCGGUCGUCGCUUCGACGAUCAGAAGAUCCAGGACGACAUGAAACACUGGCCGUUCACGGUGAUCAACGACUGCGGCAAACCCAAGAUCCAGGUGGAGUUCAAGGGCGAAACGAAACGCUUCGCACCGGAGGAGGUUAGCUCGAUGGUACUGACCAAGAUGCGCGAAGUGGCCGAAGUUUAUUUGGGCGGUAAGGUGAGCGAUGCGGUCAUCACCGUGCCCGCCUACUUUAACGAUUCACAGCGACAGGCGACUAAGGAUGCCGGCGCCAUUGCCGGGUUGAACGUUCUUCGAAUUAUUAACGAGCCGACGGCGGCUGCCUUGGCUUAUGGACUGGAUAAGAACCUCAAGGGUGAGAAGAACGUGUUGAUCUUUGAUCUGGGCGGCGGUACUUUCGACGUCUCGAUUCUGACCAUUGACGAGGGAUCGUUGUUCGAGGUUAAAUCAACUGCCGGUGACACCCACCUGGGUGGCGAGGACUUCGACAACCGUAUGGUGAAUCACUUUGUCGAAGAGUUCAAACGCAAGCACAAGAAGGAUAUGAGUGGAAACAUUCGUGCUCUACGUCGUUUGCGCACGGCCUGUGAGCGUGCGAAGCGCACCUUGUCAUCGAGCACCGAGGCAUCGCUGGAAAUCGAUGCUCUGCAUGACGGUGUUGAUUUCUAUUCAAAGAUUACGCGUGCACGUUUCGAAGAACUGUGUAUGGAUUUGUUCCGCUCGACGCUGGCUCCGGUAGAGCGUGCCCUCACCGAUGCCAAGAUGGAUAAAGCAGCAAUCCACGACGUAGUUUUGGUUGGAGGAUCCAUCCGAAUCCCCAAGGUACAGAAAAUGCUGCAAGAUUUCUUCUGCGGAAAAGCCUUGAACUUGUCCAUCAAUCCGGAUGAAGCCGUUGCGUACGGGGCAGCCGUACAGGCGGCAAUCUUGAGUGGAGAUGGAAGUUCGCAGAUUCAGGAUGUUCUGUUGGUAGACGUAACUCCGCUUUCGCUGGGAAUCGAAACCGCCGGAGGGGUCAUGACUAAGAUCAUCGAACGUAACUCUCGUAUACCGUGCAAGCAGCAACAGACUUUCACCACGUACAGCGACAAUCAGAACGCAGUAACAAUUCAAGUUUUCGAGGGUGAACGCGCCAUGACCAAGGACAACAAUUUGCUGGGUACAUUCAACCUGACCGGUAUUCCACCGGCUCCUCGUGGGGUACCGAAGAUUGAGGUGACGUUUGAUCUGAAUGCCGAUGGCAUUCUAAAUGUUUCGGCCAAGGACAACAGUACCGGUAAGUCGGAGAAGAUCACCAUCAAGAACGACAAGGGCCGACUUUCGAAGGCGGACAUCGAUCGGAUGUUGUCCGAAGCGGAAAAAUACCGAGAGGAGGAUGAACGUCAACGUGAGAAGAUCACAGCCAGGAACCAGUUGGAAAGUUACAUUUUCAACUGUAAACAAGCGGUGGAGGACGCUCCGGCUGGUAAAAUUUCCGAUUCGGAUAAGCAAACGGUCAAGGACAAAUGUACUUCGGAGAUGUCGUGGUUGGAUGCAAACACACUUGCCGAGAAGGAAGAGUUUGAGCACCAUUUGAAGGAAUGCCAGCGCGUUUGUGGACCAAUUAUGGCUAAGAUGCAUCAAGGUGGAGGAGGAGCAGGGGGUGAAAGCGCUGGUCCGACGGCCGGAGGAAAGGGACCAACUGUUGAGGAGGUGGAUUAAAUAAGUAUGGGAGUUCGAAGAGGUUCGUUUUAACAAAUAUUUAUCGGCUAUACGGCUAAUCUGUGCCAAGUAUCGCGGCUACUAACUUCUGUUAUCGGCGUUGCCUGUUUGGGUAUGCUUUCAUAUUUAUGCAUUUAUAAUAAGGUAAAGCGAAAAACGAUUAAUAAAUAAUGGGUUGCUUGUGUUCGA